CUUCGCCUUCUUCCUACACCUUCAACGUUCUUCCGUCUGCUCAAUUCUCACACAACAACUACUAUCAUGGCUCUAAGCGCCAGUCUUUUUCGGUUGCUGAACGUUAUUGUUGCCAUCCUGCUUGUGCUGGGUGGUAUCGUUCUCUUUGUCGACAUCGGCUCAUGGAACUCUGGUAUCCUUGGUGUCUUCAUCGUGAUAUUUGGACUGUUGACAUUUUUACUCGAGUUCUCCAUCCCAGAGUCGAUCGUAUACAACAUGGGGUUUAUGUUCUCACUGCUCGGACGCGGUAUCUUCUAUGUUUGCAUGGGUGUCCUGUGCCUAUCCUGGAGGUGGUUCAACAUCUUGGUUGGAUGUUUCGUCAUGCUGACAGGUCUGUUAUAUAUCGCCAUGCACUUCAGCGGCGCUACGCCCUCGCCUUCAAUGUCAGCUGACCCUAAUGCUGAAGCAGCCAACAUGAACACCGGCUAUGGCAGCGCCUCGCAGUACAACGAUCCUGGACCUAGUAAUAUGCAUCCAAACAUGACACAGACCUACCAGAACCCGAAUGAUGACAGCUAUGAACACGCCCCUCGCUAAUUCUCUGGUCCCGCAGAUCCGAAACAGUGGAGCUGCACCACCACCACAUCAAUAAGUACCAUUAUCGUGUUCUUAAUAGAGUCGAACAAAGUAUAGCGUGC